GAAUUUGGGGAGACUUGACAUCUUAAAAGUAUUGUCUUUUGAUUAAUGGCCAUGGUUUAUCUCUUUAUUUAUUUAGGUCCUUAAAUUUUUCUCAGGAAAGUUUUGUAAUUUUCAUUGUAUAGGUCUUACAGAUAUUUUGUUAAAGGUAUUCCCAAGUGUUUCAUCUUUUUGGUGCUAUUGUAAAAGUGGUAUUAUUUUUAUUUAUUUAUUUAUUUUUUUAAGGUACACAGGCCUCUCACUGUUGUGGCCUCUCCCAUUGCGGAGCACAGGCUCCAGACGCGCAGGCUCAGCAGCCAUGGCUCAUGGGCCCAGCCGCUCCGCGGCAUGUGAGAUCUUCCCGGACUGGGGCACGAACCCGUGUCCCCUGCAUCGGCAGGCAGACUCUCAAUCACUGCGCCACCAGGGAAGCCCUAUUUUUAAAUUUUAAUUUCCAAAUAUUCACUACUAUUAAAUAGAAAUAUAGUUGAUAUUCAUAUAUUGACCUUGACUUCUGCAGCCUUGGUAAACUAAUUUAUUAAUUAGAAUUUUUUGCUUUUUAGUAGGUUCAUUAGGAUGUUUAGUGUAGAUAAUUGUGUUAUCUGCAAAUAAUCUGUACAGUUUUACUUUUUCCUUUCCAAUCUAUAUGCCUUUUGCUUCUUAUCUUUGACUUAUUGCAGUGGCUAGGAACUCCAUGUUGAAUGGAUGUGGUGAGAGCAGACAUCCUUUCCUUGUUUCUGAUCAUAGGAGGAAAGCAACUUUAGCCAUUAAGUGAAAGUUGUCUUUUAUCAUUAAAUAUAAUGUUAGCUCUCUAUUUUUUUGUAGAUGCUUGCUAUCCAUUUGUGGAAGUUUCCUACUCUUCCUUGUUUGAAGAGAGUUUUUAUGAUAAACAGACACUGAUUUUUGUCACUUUUUUGGUACCCAUUGAAAAGUGUGUGUGUGUGUAUUUUUUUUAGUAUAUUGGCUUGGUAAAUUAUAUUGAUUUCAAAUACUGAGUGAACCUUGCAUUUAAAAGGGUAAACGUCACUUUUGUCAUUAUUAAUUAUUUUUCUAUAUAUUGCUGGAUUCAAUUUGCUAAUAUUUUGUUAAGGGCUAUUAUGCCUAUAUUUAGAAGGGAUGUUAGUCAGUAAUUUUCUUUGCUUGUAUUAUCUUUGUUGGAUUUUGGUAUCAGGGUAAUGUAAGCCUCAUAAAAUGAGUUGGGGAGUGUUCCCUUUUUUUUCUGGAAGAAUUUAUAUAUGGAAUUGGCAUUAUUUUUUCAUUAAUUGUUUGGCACAGUUCACAGUUGAAGCCAUUUGGACCUGGUGUUAUCUCAGUGGGAGAAUUCUUAAAUGCAAAUUAAUUCAUUUUUUAAAAAAUGAACAUAGGGCUAGUCAGGUUAUAUCUUUUACAGAGAGCUGUGGUAGUUUGUGUCUUUCAAGGGAUUUGUUCAUUUCAUCUGUUUCCAAGAUAUUAGCAUAAAGUUAUUUAUAAUAUCCCUUUAUUAUUCUUUUAAUGUCUCUGGGAUCUGUAGUUAUGUCCUUUCCUUCAUAAUGGUAAUUUAUGUCUUUUAUUUUCUUGAUAAGUCUGGUUAGAGACUUAUCAAUUAUUGACUUCUCAGAGAACCAGCUUUUGGUUUCAGUGAUUUACUCCAUUAAUAAUUUUCCUUUGUUCAUUUUCAUUGAAUUCUACUGUUAUUUUUAUACUUUUCUCUUUUGACUUACUUUUUUUUUUUUUUUCUUUUGUGGUACGUGGGCCUCUCACUGUUAUGGCCUCUCCCAUUGUGGAGCACAGGCUCUGGACGCGCAGGCUCAGUGGCCAUGGCUCACGGGCCCAGCCGCUCCGCAGCAUGUGGGAUCUUCCUGGACUGGGGCACAAACCCGUGUUCCCUGCAUCGGCAGGCAGACUGUCAACCACUGCGCCACCAGGGAAGCCCUUGACUUACUUUUGAUGUAAUUUUCUUUUCCUAGUUUCCUAAGGUGUUGCAGCUUCCCUGGAAGUCUCCGAGAGCCCUGGGAGUGUCCAAGUGGCCCGGGGUCAGACAGCAGUCCUGCCCUGUACUUUCACUACCAGCGCCGCCCUCAUUAACCUCAAUGUCAUUUGGAUGGUCAUUCCUCUCUCCAAUGCGAACCAGCCUGAGCAGGUCAUUCUGUAUCAAAGUGGACAGAUGUUUGAUGGUGCCCCCCGGUUCCAUGGUAGGGUAGGAUUUAUAAGCACCAUGCCAGCCACCAAUGUCUCUAUCUUCAUUAACAACACCCAGCUAUCAGAUACAGGCACCUACCAGUGUUUGGUUAACAACCUUCCAGAUAGAGGGGGCAGGAAUAUUGGGGUCACCGGUCUCACAGUUUUAGUUCCUCCUUCUGCCCCACACUGCCAAAUACAAGGACCCCAGGAUAUUGGCAGCGAUGUCAUCCUGCUCUGUAGCUCAGAGGAAGGCACUCCUCGACCAACUUACCUUUGGGAGAAGCUAGACAGUAGCCUCCAACUACCCCCAACAGCCACUCAGGACCAGGUCCAGGGAACAGUCACCAUCCGGAACAUCAGCGCCCUGUCAUCAGGUUUGUACCAGUGCGUGGCUUCUAAUGCCAUUGGGACCAGCACCUGUCUUUUGGAUCUCCAGGUUAUUUCUCCCCAGCCCAGGAGCAUUGGACUAAUAGCUGGAGCCAUUGGCACUGGUGCAGUUAUUAUCAUUUUUUGCAUUGCACUAAUUUUAGGGGCAUUCUUUUACUGGAGAAGCAAAAAUAAAGCGGAGGAGGAAGAAGAAAUUCCUAAUGAAAUAAGAGAGGAUGAUCUUCCACCUAAAUGUCCUUCUUCUGCCAAAGCAUUUCACACCGAGGUGUCCUCCUCAGAGAGCAACACAUUUACCUCUUCCAAUACCUAUAACAGCCGCUGCUGGAGCAACAAUCCCAAAGUGCACAGAAACACAGAAUCGCUCGACCACUUCAGUGACUUGCGCCAGUCCUUCUCCCUCCACUCGGGCCACGCCAACAUACCAUCCGUCUAUGCCAACGGCAGCCAUCUGGCCCCAGCCCCACCGAAGACCCUGGCAGUGACAGCCAACAGAGGGUCGUCGCCGCAGGCCGUGUCCAGGAGCAAUGGCUCAGUCAGCAGGAAGCCCCGGGCUCAGUACACACACUCCUACACCAUCAGCCAAGCAAGCCUGGAGCGCAUUGGUGCUGUCCCUGUCAUGGUUCCAGCCCAGAGUCGGGCUGGCUCCCUGGUCUAGGACGCAAGCAGAUGGAGCGUGCAGAGAAGAAGCAAAGGGAGCCCCCAUUCCAGCGGGGGGCGGGGUGGUGGCGUGUUGGGAAAGACACUUUCCUGACAAUGGUCCUAGUAAAAAGCACAAAGAAGGAGGCAGGGCUGUGACCCGGCCACUAAGAUUGGUAAAAUGAACUGGAGUGCUCCGGCAUGAAGACUUGUUCUUUCCCCCACCCCAGCUGUCCCAGGAUUCUGUUCAAAACGCUGGAUCUCACAGAUGUGCCAAGCCAAGGAAAAAGGUAGAAGAGCAGAAUAGCAUUAAAAACCCAAACUGCAGUCCAGAUGGGCUUAUUUUUUAAUUCAUGUCUAACGUAAUAAUUUUUCAAGAGACUAAAGUGCCAGAUGGAGUUUAAAUAAUGAAAUUAUUUAAAAAGAUAGGUGUCUUUAGAAACAUACUGAGCAACCCUGUGUUACAUCCUGCCUUUCCCCGUCCCCUCUUGAUGUAGGGGGCCGAAUGGCAUAAAUGGCGAAUACUGGUCCUAGCAGGGCUGGCUUUUGUAUCGUAGAAUCAAAACUUUUUACACCAACAGAAUUCAGUAAGGAAUGGGUGAAAACUAUAAACUUCUUUGAGGAGCCCCUUCAUAUUUAUUUAUUUAUCUCUUCCUGGACCAUGAAUUUCAUAUUUGGAAUAUUGCUAUAUUGACAGAUUAUUGCCUGUCUAUGUUUUUCUAGGGUCUGUUAUAGGUCCAUGACAGUUACUGUUCAUUAUUUCCUGGGAAAAUAUUUUUUAAAAGAAAACUGUUGUUUUUAAAAAAAAAAAUACGAGAGAGGCAUUGGGUUAGGAAGGAAAAGACUACUGUCAACGCCACGUCCAGUGAGCUUGUUCGUGGAGCCCGGCAGGCAGGCAGCAAGACCUAGGUCGUGCAGGCAGCACAGGAGCAGGGAGGAGGGUGGAAGGGAAUUCCUGGCAGCCUCUCAGAGCAGGGCCGUCCAGGUCUCCCUUGCUGUCACACCAGGUUACUCUUAAUGAGGGCAGCACCCCAUGCCUCUGUACUGGGGUAGAUAACUUUCUCCUUGUUUGACAAGUUGAGGUUGCUGGGUUGUUACAGGGAGGGCAGGAGUUGCUUUGUUUUUGUUUUUCUCAAAAUGAUUAUUUUUGCAAAAGAGAUAAGACUGAGACAAAAGGGAUGUCUUCAGAUAUGCUCCUGGGAGGCUCUGCCCUGUUCUUGUCGCAGCUCAGGGUUGCAACUUUGCCCAGAUGCGUUUUACACCACUGUAAAGAGAUUCUUUGUGAUUAAUUACCUGGCCUUGGGAGUUCACCAGGUAAUUUGCAGACUCUCCACUCUAUUUGUGCUCUGUAGAUCUGGCUGUGCUUGUAUCGGUGACUCUCUCGCCUUAAUCACACUUUAAGCAACACAAAUGAUUUCUUCCCAGAUUUGUUUCCUAAAUUAUUUAUGAUGCUGACCCCGGGAUUGGAUAAGAGCAUCUUUUCUUUCCCCGAUGUAGUCUCUCAUUCCCUCUUCCCACUAUGCUUUUGCCCUCUUUUCCUGCAAGCACAGUCGUCACAGGAAGUGGCCUUCUGGUUUUCAGACUUAUUUGAAUAAUGGAAACCAACAGCUGCUGCAUACACUAUUUUUCCAAGAGGGCUAAGCUCAGAACCUAACCAUUGCAAUCAUUCCAAUAUUGAUUAAGAACUGAAUUUACUUUAGCAUUACUUAUUUUUUCCGUUUGACGGUUCUUGACUUUGUAAAAAUUUAAAUAAAUGAAUGUCUAUACUUUUUAUAAAGAAGAGUGAAAAUGCCAUGACAGAUAAGAUGAUACUAUCAGAUGUUGUUUAGAAAGCAUUUAUCUUGCAUUUCUUUAUUCUUUCUAAUUAUCUAAAAUUCAAUAAAAGUUUUAUUCAUAUAAAAACAA